UCAUUUUUUUUAAUAAUGCACAUUCAUUGAAACUUUUAGAACCUAUUUCAGUCAGUUCUGUUGUGGAAAAUGAUGGGAUAUUGUGGAUGUCCUCUUUGGAAACAAAGAUUAAAGAUACAAGAGAAAAGCAGGAAAAGAAACCCACUGCGGAGAAACUGGAACAACUGAGACAGCAAAGGAUAAACCAUUUCAGAAAUAAACACAAGAUUAAUAUCCAAGGAACAGAUCUCCCUGAACCAGUUGCCACAUUUGAGCAGCUUCAAGCAGAAUAUAAAAUCCUGCCUAAAAUAAUGCAGAAUAUUCAAGCUGCUGGCUUCCAGGUCCCUACGCCAAUUCAGAUGCAAGCCAUUCCAGUCAUGCUUCAUGGUCGGGAACUUCUGGCUUCAGCUCCCACUGGAUCAGGAAAGACUUUGGCUUUUAGCAUUCCUAUUUUAACACAUCUGAAACAACCUAUGAAUAAAGGAUUUAGAGCUCUGAUCAUAUCACCUACCCGAGAACUUGCUAGUCAGACCCACCGAGAGCUGGUAAAGCUGUCUGAGGGGACUGGAUUCAGAAUACAUAUGAUCCAUAAAGCAACUGAAGCAACCAAGAAGUUUGGGCCCAAAUCAUCUCAGAAAUUUGGUAAUCAUUCUAAUGACUGCAUAGGGAUUCUCUGAAGUCUUUGAAAUCUAGAACACAAGUUUUAAGUGAUGUAUGAUUUAAACAGGUCAGUAAGUGCCAUCCAAGUCCUGUAGUUACUUGCUUCUGUGAAUACAAUAUCCUUGGAAUCAAGACAUUUAAAAAAAGGUGGGAGGAAGAGAAAUAGCUCCAGAAAUUAAAAAGGGAAGAGAUACCUCUGCUGUACAAAACAAAUGCCACUUGAAUACUGGAAAAGCACCUUGGGGUGGUGAGGAGAAAACAAGCAGUCUGAUAACUAACUGUGCUGUGUCACUCAGUUGUUGGAAUACAGGCAUGUAGCUGAGUUUGGUUCUUGAAAGCAGAGGGUGGCAACCACUUCAGUGCUUUGUGGUGGCUUAUUAAUGCAGAAUCAUUGGGCUCUGCCAUCGGAAUCUUGUCCACCGCACGUUGUGAACUAUAUCUACUUAACAAGACUUUUAGCUUUUAUAUAACUCUGGAUGUUAACACAUCCUCACAACGUCCUUAUGUUUAAAGUAAAUAAAUAAAAAUGAACAGCUCCAUUUUUACAGAUGUGGUAAUCAGAAACACAGGGAGAUGACCUGACACUGAUUUGCUGAGAGGCCUUGGGCGAGUCACUUCAAAGAUUAGUGCUCUUGGAUCCAAGGGCUGUGCUCAGACCAUGCUGCAUAUCUAU